AUGAGAGGUUCUGUUUACCCACAUGUGAAACCUUUCCCUUACAAUCCUUCAUUUCAAGAAAAAUUCUCAAACAAAUUCAGAACUCUCAAAGGAACUGAUCUUUCAAUACCUGUAAAUGAAUUUCUCAUAAAAGAGUGUCAAUCAGUAAAAGCCUUAGUUCGUGGGGCUAAAUUUGCACUCAGUAAAGACAUCCUAGACUGUUUACCUUCUUUAGGUUGUAUAGUUCUUAACUGUGUUGGGCUUGACCAUAUUGAUUUGGCUGAGUGUAGAAAAAGAGGUAUUGUUAUUGGAAAUGCUGGCGCUGUUUAUUCAGAAGAUGUUGCUGAUCUUGCUAUUGGUCUGUUACUUGAUGUUCUUAGAGGAAUUUCUUCUGGUAAUCAAUUCGUUCGUUCUGGAUUGUGGCCUAUCAACAAAGAGUUCCCUCUGGGGUCCAAGGAUGUAAUGUUGGCAUUGGGAAAGAAGGGAAUCAUCAUAAAUGUUGGAAGAGGACCCCUAGUAGACGAGAAGGAAAUGGUGCGGCUUUUGGUGCAAGGAGAGAUUGGUGGUGCCGGGUUAGACGUAUUUGAAAAGGAGCCUCACGUCCCGAAAGAACUCUUUGAAUUGGACAAUGUUGUAUUGGCUGCACACAUUGGUUGGAAAACUGAAGAAUCAAAUUCAGCUCUUCAUGAAUUGGUAAUAUCCAAUUUGGAAGCUUUCUUUUCAAACAAGCCUUUACUUUCACCAGUUCGUCGAGUCUGGUUCAGGAUCGUUAUGUUAGAUAAUUGUCGGUGUUUUGGAAGGUUCCGGAAAGUUCUGGAACAUACUAGAAAUCCUUUGUGUAGAGAAACACAAGGUUUCCUAGUUUAG